GUUCCGAGUUCCCAGUUGUCUUGAAAGCACCAAUAGCAUUGAUGUCAGAACUUGUUUUUCUCCCAUUGAGCGUCAUUUUACCAACUACACCUCCCGCCCCCUCAGCGCACUCUCUGGAACGCGGUUGCACUAUUCGACUCAAUUUCGUUAUCAUCUGUUGUCAUUUUACUCUUAUGUGCAACGGACUUUUCUCUUAUGUUCACAUCUAUUUGUGUGAAGAUGACUAGCUUGAAGGCGUUUAAGGAGCCAUUCGAUAGAAUAAUCUCUGAACCAGUGGAGGACACAGAUACUAGUAGCUUCAUGGCAGAAAUGUCCUUGAAGUCCAACUAUCCAGUCCAAGUCACAGAACCUCAAGAUGCAGUGACACUGCAGCUGAGGUCCAUGCCACCUGGCUACCUCACACCUCCCUCAGGCAGAAUAAGACAGCCAGUAGAAGUUGGUGUGGAGUGCAUCUGCACAGGCUCCAUCUUACAAGACUUCCCCAAGGAGCUGCAGUUCUUGAACAACCCCUGUGAGAAGUGCUGUUGCUCAGCUCCACCUCCAAAGAUCAGUGAUCUGAUGGAUGACAAGGACUUGCUGGACUUACUGCGUCUUAAACUGGACCCAAAUCAUUGCACUGUUAAGAACUGGAAGAACUUUGCGAGCCGUUGGGGUAUGAGCUAUGAUGAGCUGACUCUGCUGGAGCACCGGACCCAGGGCUCAAUGUGCCACAGCCCCACACAAGAGUUCCUGCUGCGCAACAACCACAAGACCGUCACUGAGCUCACCGAACUUUGCCGAGUCUACCAGCGCAUUGAUGUGCUGCGGCUUCUGCAACACUGGAUGGAGAACGACUGGCCCUCACGCUGGCAAAAUGCUCAUUAACCACUUGCCCCAACUCCUGAAAAUCCCUCAGAAAUUAUGCAUAUUACUUUUUACAUUUUGCUAUAUACUUUAUUGAAUUAGCAACAGGGACUUGGACCAUUUUUUCUUUAACAGAAGCCCAUUUAUUUAACAUCCAGUGGUUCCAGGAUUUUGGUUGAGUUGGUGUGCAAAAGACUGGUGGAUCACAUUUUAUGACUCCUGCGGAGUUGAGGACUUAAUAGGACUGAUUUCCAUUGUGUACUCUUUACCAAUACUGUAGCUCUGAGCAUCUCAACCAGCUCAUUAUUUUCUUUUUCAAAGGUCCCGCAACCUCAGAAUUGCUGUGUGUCCAAUAGUGAUGGGUUGUUCGCGAACAAACGGCUCUUUAUGAACAGAUCCUUUUUGGUGAACCUCAGGAAACAAAUCGCAUCGUUGAGAGAGACGUUCAUUUGGCUCCCUGAUUUGCACACUGCUACUAUGCAAAUAUAACGUGUACAUUCUGGUCCACAUUAAUUUUUGCAGUGCGUUAAAAAUUAACACCAUUUUUUUUGGACCGAUCUAAUAAUUUGACCACGUAAACAUUUUUUUGAACACGUAUUUCACGAUCUGACAUAAUGGUAGCCUACCUUUUGGGCUUUACAUUGGAGAUUGGAAAUCAUGGUUCUAGGUCAAUCUUAAGUGGAACUGUGCUAACCAACAUGGCACAUCAAGAAGUAGAAAAGAGAGAAGAUUUAAAUGGUGAACUGUUAGUACAUUUUUACUUAUUAGAACAGUCACCAUAGUAAUGACAGACAAUAAUAAUCAAUGUAGUAUAUAUAAUAUGGGAAAGGAGACAGUGUUGCGUAUUGGUCUUUAUAGUCUCAUAAAAACAUGAGUCAUCUCCAAAUAUUGUAUUGUUUGUAUUAAUAGUAAAUGAGUCUUGAUUAUUUUGGGAUAGUUUGAUGAAGCUGAGGUCAUGUUGUCAAAUGAGAUAUCUCACUCCGGUCUGAAUCCUAAUUAGCAAUUUUCCCUUACGUUUUAUAUUUUUUUGUGGUUACAAUUCCCCCCACCCCCACUUGAAGCAAAUAAAAGCUAGAUGUUUUCCAGCUUCUUGCUAAUCUUA